AUGGACACAGGGCCUCUUCUCGUAGAGCCCUCGUGUAAUAUCGCCAAUCUCAACGAUACCACCGACUCGUUCCCCCUCCGUCUGCCGCUAUCACCGCCGCGUGAGCCGCCAACUAUCCUCCGUCGCAAAGCCCGUAAGAAGUCGAUUCGCAACACCAAAGACAGUGCCGAGAUGGCCCGUCUCAAGUACAAUCGCGAGAAGAAUGAGCACCAACAAUCACAAUCGUCACCCCGUCUCCAUAACCCAAGCAAGCUGGCGGACCGCCAUUUCAGUGUCGCAAACGUUGGUCAGAAUGGCACCAUGUAUCUGAGGUUCGAACAGACACCUCUGGAUACAGUCCACCACCACAAGCUUAUGCUGCCUAGACCGGUCGCCCGUCCCUACCCAAGAGCCUUUCGUCCUCCUCCAACUCCCCCGGAUACCUCGGAUGCCCAUCAGCACACUCCCUCUGGCCUCUAUUGGCACGACGGACUACAUCAGAGUGCUGCUCAACUGUCUAUACGUCAGCUCGACCAUGACUUCAUCGACUCCCGUCGAAGGUCGUCAUUUGACAGCGGCUACAGUCGAAAGAGCACACAUGAAACAAUUAGGGCCACCCAUCUCCGCUCGCCGAGUCUCGACUCGAUCCCUAAGCACGCCCAAGUACCAUCACACCACAACCAGCCUUCAGAGAAAUCACCAUCCCAUGCUACGGACUCUUUGUUUGCUCCUCUGCUUGAGGUACCUAUACCUAACUUCCGUCUUGGUUCGCCUAGAUUCAGCGAUCGUGGAACUGCAUUCCUCCACAACUCGUACCAUACUGCCUUCUCCAGCACGACUGACUUGGCUCAACUCUCAACUGAUCGCUUAGAUCGCUUGAUGCCACCUUCCUCUCAGCGCCACCAAAACUCGAUAGAUUUACGCAGAUCCCCCAGCGUUUCCUGGUUUUCGCCUUCAGUCUCACCCGCUGUGGAAACUCGCCGAGGUCAGCUACUCCCUUCGCCGCUUGCUACUCCGCCCUUGGAGUUGGAUCGAGACGAGAUACCUUAUACUAUCUACGACAAGGUGGCUGCAGACCCAGACAGCAAUCAAUAUGUUAGAUACGCAGACGGCACUAGCGAAAUUGUCGCAGCAAUACCCACUCGUCUGGUUGUCGAAAUUACAUCCGUCAAGUUUCUGGAUUAUGAUCUCUUAUCGGAUUUUUUCUUGACCUACAGAGCCUUCUUAUCGCCCUCUGAUCUGGCCAGGUAUCUGGUUGCCAGACUGCGCUGGGCCGUAUCGCAGACUGAUGGAUCCGGACGGGUAGUGCGUGUGCGAACGUUUGUUGCUCUACGCCACUGGAUCCUGAACUACUUUACUCAGGAUUUUGAGCCUGACCACGAGCUUCGGAAUCUGUUUUGCAAUCUUGUCAACAAACUCGCUCUGUAUGUGACACAAAGACCUCAAGGUGGCGCUGGUGGUGAUAUUCAAAUUCCUGAAACGACUCGCAUGCGCUCGUUGACUAACGAAUCGCAUAUGCGGAAUUCGUCCUACAUGGGUAAUAAUAUAUCUACCGUGGCUUUGAGACGUCCGGACACAGCAUCUCGCCUUAGUGAGGCUAGUAUUCAGGUCACCUCUUGUUCGUUUCCUAGACUGAAGCGUUCCAAGCAUGACUUAAAGGACCAACCCGAAAAACCAGGCCAUCACUCACCUAAUAGACCAAAGGGUUUCCACCGCCACAAGCGAAGUGACAGUUUCUCAGACGCGCUCCGAAACUCUCGUGUCGAACGACCAACUUCCUCGCAGCCAAGCAUGGAAAUUCAUAUUCAACCUGGCAGGAUUAUCAGAGGUCUCGUUAUCCAUCCCAGUUCGGCAAACGUCAUUGGCCCUGGUCCGCCCAGCCCUACCUUCUCAGCAAGACCCGAGGACACCAGACCUACUAUAUCAGAGAGCCUGUCACGAGCGUCGCAAGUCCCAUCUCAGCAUGCUCGUCUAAACAUCUUCGGCAGUGUGCGGCGGGCGCUAAGCACACGCACUGGUGGAAAGUAUCCAUUCCAACACCGACCUAAGACUGCCAGUUCUGGUGAAUUGCGGAAGAUCGAUAGCACGGAACCUCAGCCAAGAGAUAUGAUCAGACAAAUGCAAGCCAGGAAAGCACAGAAUGUUCAUACCGAUGCUUUGGCUGCAAUGGUUAUGCGCUCUUGGAAACAGCAAGGAAACGAGAUGGCGCAUGAGCUGACUGAACUUCAGCCCAGCGCUCUGCCAAUUACACGGAACAGGUCAAAGACAAUCGAAACCAAUCUUCCGGUUCGCCCUGGAGCAUCUCGUCUUCUGAGUAAUGUGACGACGAGCAGUCGGUCGAUCAUGAUAAUUGAUGACACAGGGCUUGAUGACUCCGAGCGAACUCCGGAUUUAGCACAAACAAUUGCUGGUUUCGCACAAUCGGCCGACUUGUCAAGACAAACGACGCGAGAACACAACCGAACAGCAGUCCACGACGUGGCUCUGAACAACACUGCCUUCCUACUCCCCUACGAUAUGAUGAAUUCUGACCUACCAUCCUGGACGAUUCCGACCCAGUUUGCUACCUUGUCCACCGCACCUACUACCUUAUCCAUCAUGUCAUCCCCAUAUUCGCCUCCGCCGACUGCGCCGCUACCACCACUCCCGACCGCUUCAAACCUCUCUACAGAACCCGCAGCUGUGGCAGGAGAUUACACGCCCAGCCCCGAUACUGAAAUUACCACUUCCUUGUUCCACUCGCCGAACAUCUCUGUGGGAGGUAGCCCAGCCUUAAGCUUUCGUCAAUCAUCGCUGGUAGACCCUAAAGAUCUGCCAGGGCCUGCGAGACAGCUUCGUCGCAAACCUGGAGGCAAUCUUCGUGGUGUCGAUACUGUGCAUGACCUUGGGAUUUCUCAUAGACGUCAAUCAACUGGUUCAGUCACAUCACCAAUCUCUAUUUAUGGGUCGCCAAUCUUGUCGACCACAUUUGGAGGUAGUGAUGAUGCACAGAUCGAAUCACGACUCGCAAGACUUUCUCUCAGACCUCAGGCUAGCGACGGCGAUGUUUAUGAUGCGGCGAGAAGAAGCUCAUUACGACUACUGUCUACUCAUUCAUCCCUACGCCGCUUACGCCCAUCGAUGGAAGUGGAAGUUGCCAGACUCCGGGAGAUGCCACUCGUCGAAGACGACGGCGGGCCGGAGUCCGCAUUGCUAAAACUCGAAGGAAGAUAUAUAACGAGUCAUUCGUCUGAUAAAACUGUGAAGUCUUUUGAUUUCGGUCACGAUGACGGUGACUUCCCAAGUCUUACGCGGCAGCAAGUCGGUGGUCAAGAGCGUGUGGUUUCAGAUGUAAAAGACACUUUGGUUCCACCACAGCUGAUGAAAGGAGGUCCUCCUCUUGCUGGAACUGAAGUCAGCAGAGGCAUGCAUAGAAGACAUGGAGCAAUUGACGUUGCAGCGGCCAGCCCACCGAGCAAGUUCGCAGUAACAGGAAAUGGGGUCAACAAACCGAUGAUCGCCACAAAGGACUUCGCCAGUUUUGAUCUGCCUAGAGAACUUGAGCGACCUGUCACUCCUGUCAAGAUCGAGUUGGAACGAACGGACUCACCAAACACACCUGCCUCGACCUUCCUUCUUGACGAUGGUGAAUCGCUCGUCGAUCGCAGCUCUAUGAUCGUUCGACAACAUGAGCCAAAGCCAUCGACGGACACUGGACAUAGCUUCCUGCUUGACGCCGAAGAUGAGGACGCAGUUGUAGGCUCCGUUGGGCAUCUCCAACCUCCUCCAGGAUGCCAUCCCCUUACUCCGCCUACAACUGCGGACCACGUUUCAGAUCACGGCUGUGACCAGUUCAAUACACAACUACUGCUCCCUGGCCCGCCAAUCGCAAAGUCUCAAAAGUCGUUCCGCCUCUCAGAACUGUUACUCUCGGAGCAAUUCGCAAAGAAGGCGGAACAUUCUGCGCUUCCACGAGCACGCAACCUUCCGACGCAACAUACGCCCUUUAUUCUGGCACAUACUUCUGAAGCACUUGCUAUGCAGUUCACCAUAAUCGAGAAGGACGCAUUAGACUCUGUCGACUGGAAAGACCUGAUCAAUCUCAGUUGGUCACAAGAGGUUCCAUUGGUGCGCGACUGGGCGCAGUACAUUCACGCAUUUCCCACCAAUGUCACGGAUGUUAGCAGUAUCGAUCUGAUCAUCACACGGUUCAAUCUUGUCAUCAAAUGGUGCAUCUCUUCCGUCCUGCUCUGUGGGACAUCGGAGGAGCGCGCUCAGUGCAUUACGAAGUUUGUACACAUCGCAACACAUUCGCACCGCGGCCUACGGAACUUUGCGACAACAGCACAGAUCACUAUCGCUCUACUUUCCUCAGAUCUUUCCCGCCUCAGCGCGACGUGGUCGAAAGUAGCACAAGCCGAAAAAGAUGCACUUCGAAGCCUCGAAACAUUGGUCAGCCCAAUGCGUAACUUCGCUGCGCUACGUGCCGAGAUGGAAAGUGCAGCAGCUGAGCUGAGCGACGACGAUAUCUCGGCUGGCAAGGGUGUCAUCCCUUUCCUUGGUGUUUAUACUCGCGACCUUGCACUCAAUGCUCAGAAGCCAGCGUUCAUCACACCUGCUGGAAGAGCAUCGACAGACGGAUCGCACGAGCAGCUUGUGAACUUUGAGCGCCACCGCACUACUGCGUCGAUUGUCAAAGGAGUUUUGCGUCUGCUGGACGCCAGCUCGAGAUAUGCUAUCAAGGCCGAUGCUGAGAUCCUGGCCAAGUGCCUCUGGCUCGCAGCGCUUGCCGACAAUGAAAUUUCCGAGCUCAGCAAGGGAUUGGAAAGAUGA